UUCAUUUAAACAGCCACCCCUUGGAGUCUACCGAGUGCGCACUGACACACAAAGGAGGAGCAGGGUGAGAGACCAAAUCUGAGAGGAAAAAGAGGACAGACACAGCACGACAAACAGCAAGAGACAGCUUGAGUUACUUUGAUGGGCACUUAAGGGCCAACAAUGAUGAAAUUAUAAGGACAGAGUCAAUGAGCAGUGGAACUUGACUGGUAGGACAACAAACUUAGCCACUUUUUUGGUACUGAGGGCCGUUGUUGGAAGACUUAUCUCUGGAUAUGACUUUUAAAGGAAAGCAUGUUGGAUAAGACCUUACUUUACUCUGAACUGUUGAUACACUGGACAACUUGAUGAGUAAAGAGAGGAGGAAAAGGAAACUUCAAGAUUUUGAAGGACAUACACUACAGUUUCGAGUAAGACCUGAACCAUAUUGUUAUUCUUUGAGAAAAUUAAAUAUUUUAAAUACACAAUAAAUGGAUGAAUACCAGUUAUAUAAGAUGCACAGAAAUUUGACUCUAUAUGGAUAAUUUGCAGGCUUGUGCAGCCAAGGCAAGACUAAUCAAAUAUAUAUAUUAUUCUUAAGGUCUAAGGUAAUAACAGAACUAAAUAUCUGUUAUUAUUAUAAGUUAUUGCACAAACUUCUAUACAACAGUGUAUAUAUGUAACCCGAUCUUAAGCACACAGCUGUAAUUACAAAGCAAGCUCAAAAAAGAACUCACAGACAUUUGUAAUUAAGGACCAUCUAUAAAAGGAAACCGAGGAAAGGGUGAGGUCUGUGUGAAAGAGAAGAACAGGCCGCAAGGACACCAACACAGAGAACAGGACGUGAAGAAUCUCACCAAGAAAAACAACUGCUUCAGCGCUCACCAUGGAUGCUCAUGGAGGACACUACCUCAACAAAGAAGCUGUGCUGUCACCUUUAGGUUUAGCCCGAAUGUGCCAGCUACUACUUGGGUGCACUAUAAUGGCACUUGUGUCCCACAGUGCAGGCUACAGUGCCACCUAUGGAAUCUUCUGCAUGUUUGUGUGGUGCUUCUGCUUUGCUCUCACACUGGUUGUGUUCACCUUGGACAUUACACGGCUCCACACUUGUAUGCCAAUUUCCUGGGAUAACUUCACUGUGGCCUUUGCCAUGCUGGCAACGCUCAUGUAUAUCACUGCCUCUGUCGUCUACCCUGUCUACUUCCUUCAAGAAGAGUGCCCUGAUGAGGACUGCGAGGUCCAAAUGUACCGCAUUGCCGUCACCGUCUGCUCCAGUGUCUGCUGCUUCCCUUAUGGAGUGGAAGUGUUCCUGACGCGAGCCAAACCAGGAGCGGUGGUGGGCUACAUGGCCACCGUGUCUGGUCUGCUCAAAGUGAUCCAGGGUUUUGUGGCUUGCAUCAUAUUUGGGGCCCUGGCUAAUGACAGUGAGUACAACCAGUACAUUGCCACCCAGUACUGUGUAGUAGUGUACAGCCUGUGUUUCUCUGUCACUGUGAUAGUGGUCAUAUUGACAGUCUCCGGAAGAACCUCUGCCCUUCGGUUCCCAUUUGACCGGUUUGUGGUUGUCUACACCUUCUUUGCUGUGAUCCUCUACCUCAGUACUGCACUGAUCUGGCCCAUUUUCAGCUUUGAUAAGAAAUAUGGCACUACUACUCGUCCUGAGGACUGCCCACGUGGAGAAUGCCCCUGGGAUAGUAAGCUGGUGGUGGCAGUGUUCACUAAUGUCAAUCUAGUUUUAUAUUUUGUUGAUCUUGUUUACUCCCAGAGGAUUCGCUUUGUCUCCAGCUCUGCAGUGUGAAAACCUUUCCCCUUUCAGCUGCAGACAGAAAUAAGGAGUUAAGGUUUUUUGCCACAUCCAACAUGCUCCCAUACCCCAGUUGUUGUGAAGGAUUUAUUUUCUUGGAUCCAUAAUGUUCUAUAUAUGUGUGACUUCUUUUGUACCAUCAGUAUUCACCUAGUACUUGGCCUCUGUGCUCUGCAUUAGUGUACAAUACAUGCUACAAAUUUUCUCAAGUUCUGCAGUGACCUACCAUGGAGAGUCUGCAGGUGUAGUGAUUUGCUGAACUCAGCAACUUUGUUCACAGAGGACGCAGGGAAAUCUGUCCAUCUCAGCACCAAAUGCAUCCCUCCUGCCCUAGUUGCUUUGGUGGUCUCAUACAGGAUGGACCUAUAGGAAUGUGACAUUUAGAGUAUCAGAACAGUGUUAUGCCAGAUAGACAAAAUCAAUCUUACAAAGAUUAAACAAUUUAUAUAACUGUAUUUAAACAAACAAGAUAAAAUCACAUCUCAUAGAGAUGUAUAGUUAUUAAGUCUACAGUAUGCACUGAACAUAGAUUUUGAUUUUGACUUUUAAGUCGUUUUGCUAUAUUUUUACCAGUUUGUAUUAUAUUCUUUAUAUACUGUCUGUUCAAGUUUAGUAUGAAGGUUAAAUGUAUCAAAUACAUAAUUUUUUGAAGGCAAAUGUUCAACAACAGUAUUAAAUUGAUUAUUUUGUUGUUACACUGCAUAUCAAGCACAAACAUGAGUGUAACUUUCCUUCUUGUAAUAUUUUCCAUGUUCAAUAAAAUGCCAAAGUAUGUUCUGUGUA